UUUUCUUUCAGUUUGUUCUGUUGCGGCCUUUUUCCAAAGACGAAUCAAUUCGGUGGUGGGACGAAAGUAGCCUGGCAGUUUUCGCAAUUGUUGCCUAAUACUUACUGUGCACUUCCUACACCGUCUAACUUGACUCUUAUUCCGUCGAAAUUCUCACCGAAAAAAUAACACCACCACCACCACUACGCACUACCCUCACUAUAUAUCAUGGCGCCCAAACGCUCCCGAGACGAGACAACCACCGACGAAAAGCGGCCUGCUGCUUCCGAUGCGCCAGUCAAGAAAAGAAAGGGGUUCUCCGUCGGACCUGCCAAUCUUCCCGAUGGCACCUAUCGUCGCAAAACCCAGAAGAUCAAGUCCGAUUUGAUUCAGAAAGCCAAAGUCAAGAAAGCCUAUGCCAAAAUCAGAGACCAAGAGCUGGCCGCCGCCCCACCCAAACCCAUUUACACAGCCGAUCAGCCUGAAAAUGCCGGCGAGGAAGCCGAGCCCGCGUCCUUAGAACUGCACCCGGACCGCAUGGCGAUGUUGAACGAGCCCGAGCCGGAACCCACCCCCCAGCCGCAGCGAGCGGACAACCGCGAGCCCCGGGGCCGUCGGGUCCGGAAGCCUAAGCCUUCCGCUUUUGCGAAGGAGAUGGAGCUGGCUGAGAAGCGCAGGAAAGAAGCCGAGAGGCGGAGAGAGGAGCGGGAGUUCAGACAAAAGGACCGGGAGGCUAUGGCUCGGGCUAAAAGGCCGGAUCAGAGUGGGAAAAGGAGAUUGGGAAGGGAGAGUCAGGUGCUGUUGAGUCGGGUGCAACGCAUGGUUGGAUCGACAUAGAGAAAACAAGGACUGGGCUACGAAGGAGAGCAAGAAUGGUAAAAGUAUGAUACCCGCGAAUUUACAAAACAGUUCGAAUGAUUUUUUGAUAUUUAGACUUCUGGGUGCAUGCAUCUACGUAUGUAUGUAUGUAUGUAUGUAUGUAUGUAUGUAUGUAUGUAUGUAUGUAUGUUUUCAUGUGUGUGUGUGUGUGUGUCUUGCGUUUCAGAUCAUAUGCACAAUCUUG